CUGACUGAGUCUGCGUGAGGCCAGAGCAGAAAAGGAGGGGGGCCUCUGAAAAGAUGGCGGCUGCUCCUGCUGGUGUGUGCCAACUUGAAGAAGAGGCACGGAUGCGGAAAGAACAGCUGAAGGCCCUCCGGGAGAAAGCUGGGUGCAAGGACAAGGCAGAUGGGAAGCCACAGCACAAGAGGCUCAGAGAUGUGGAAGAGGAGUACAGGGAACCCAGGUUUCAGAACUAUGUCCCAGAGGAUAGAGACCUGAAGAGGUGGCAGGUCCCCCAGGCCAAACCAGUUGCAGUGGAGGAGAAGGUGAAGAAGCAGCUGGAGGCUGCCAAGCCAGAGCCUGUCAUUGAGGAAGUGGACCUGGCCAACCUGGCACCUCGGAAACCUGACUGGGAUCUGAAGAGAGAUGUGGCCAAGAAGCUGGAGAAGCUGGAGAAGCGGACCCAGAGAGCCAUUGCAGAGCUGAUCCGUGAACGGCUGAAAGGCCAGGAGGACAGCCUGGCCUCUGCAGUGGCUGCCAACAUUGAACCAGAGGCUUGUGACUCUGACUGACAUGUUUUCCUGGUUUAAUUUCUUCAGCACACACAUCUCCUGUCAUGUAAAUGGUGCUUUUUAACUUCUGUAAAUAAACUUUUAUUUAGUAGAGGCA